AUGGCUUCUAAGAUUUGUUGCGAGAACUUCUGUGUUAUAAAAGACCCUGGGGUAAGCUUUGCUCGGAUGGCACUUGAGAACUUAGAUGGAAGAUGUAAUCAGUUAGAAAAUAUGGCCAAUUUCUUACUUGGUGUUUCACUUUCUGCAUACUCGAAAUUGGCCAUUUCUGAUGCUGAGAGGGUUAAGAGACAAUCUGAGGCACUUCAUACCCUUGAAACUGCCUGCAAAUUGAGCAGAAUGGAAGACCCUGUUGUAUUAUACCAUCUGAGUUUAGAAUACGCUGAGCAACGGAAGUUGGAUGCUACACUUCAUUAUGCUAAGUGCAUUGUAAAACUUGAAGUUGGCUCUAAUUUUAAAGGUUGGUUACUGUUAUCUAGGGUAUUAUCCGCACAAAAGCGGUUCUUAGAUGCCGAAUCUAUUAUCAAUGCUGCUUUGGAUCAGACUGGGAAAUGGGAUCAAGGUGAUUUGUUACGAACAAAGGCGAAACUUCAGAUCGCUCAGGGCCAGUUAAAGAGUGCCAUUGAGACAUACACUCAGCUUCUUGCUGUUUUUCAGGUUCAUAGUAAAAGUUUUGGUUCUCGGAAUAAGCUAUUUAAGGACAAAAGAGAUCAGAUUAGGAAUUUGGAAGUUGAAGUAUGGCAUGAUCUUGCUUAUGUAUACAUCAGCCUUUCACAGCGGCAUGACGCAGAGGCCUGCCUUUCAAAAUCUCGGGCCAUCAAACUAUACUCUUCUACUAGAUGUCAUGCAAUAGGGUAA